GAUCAUCUUAUAUUCCAAUUUUCCAAAACAGCAGAAGUAUGAGCACAACAGAAGAAUCAGUGCUUGAUUUGCUGCCUAAGUUCAGAUUCCAUCCCUCUGAGGAGGAAAUGGUGAACCUUUUGAAGAAUAAGGUGGAGGGCCAGGACUCCCAAGCCAUGCCUGAUGAAAUCGUUGACAAGCCUUGGGAUUUACCUGAUAAUGAAUCUAUCCAACUUUUUUGUCGCUUCUUGAAGAGGAUGAUGCAGGGCAAGGCCUCCCAAUCCAUCCCUGAAAUUGAUGUCUACAAGUACGAGCCUUGGGAUUUAGCUGAGCUCAUGUUCCCAGACUCUCCAUAUCAACCUAGGGCCUGGUUCUCCUUCAGCCGACCUGAUUACAAAUAUGCCAACAGUCGUCGCUGCAACAGGGCCUCAGGGAAGGGCUUCUGGAAAAUCACAGGCAAGCCACGACAAGUCAAGUCUCGACAACUUCCCAAAUCGGUCACUUGCAAAAAGAGGACCUUGACCUUCCAUGAAGGUCGUGUGCCUAAGUCGAGGAACACCGGCUGGGUCAGGCAGGAGUACUAUCUCACUCCAACUGACCCAGAAUAA